AUGUUGAAUUAUGUUCACAGACUUGCAAAAUAUGAUGAACUUACACAUAUUUGGUCUAUAACUAAUAAUGAGUUAGUUCUAAUAGACCAAAAUUUGGAGAAACUUUUUGACAAAUAUAAUCCCAUAAUACAAGAGUGUAUGCCUGUUACUAAAUUUACUACUUACAUGCUAAACAUCAUUAUCAUUCUUCUGGAUAAUAAAUUUAAAAAUAAAAAUUCCUCAAAAAGUUUAGAUCAAACUCUGAAUAUCGAUUAUUAUGUACAGAUUAUUCAUAAGAUGAAAUUACUACAAAAAUUUACUCAAUGUUUAAAAUUAAGGCAAUCUUUGAUCAAUGUCAUUCUGAGUUCCACUUUAUUCUCACUAGGCAUAGAUGUUGCUUUCAAGGAUAUUUCAGAAUUUUUCAUUGAACCCUCAAAAUUAAAGAUACAUUUUACUAAUAUUAUUAAAUCAAAAGCCAUGACUGAGACCUUCAAAAACGUAUCUACUCAAGAAUCUAAUUCUCAAGUGUUAGCAACCCUCUCAUCUUUUCUCUCUGAUCAAAAAUCUAUGCAAUUAUUUGAUAUUUUAUAUAUUUUGAAGGAAUACCUCUUUAGCCUUGAAUUAUCCCUAACAUUAUCAGCAUUAAUCCAUUCAAAAUCGUCAAUACUGAACGACCCCUAUUUUGCCCCAUUAGAUAAAUUAUUAACUGAUAUUAUCAAUAUAUUAUGGAAAUCCGACUUCUCUCAGUGUAUUUCAAAAAUCUCUCUAUCUUAUUUCGACGAAUCAGAAGGGUACCUUUAUGAUAGCAAAGAAGGAAAUCUAUAUUUUAAACACAUCUUGCCUAUAUUAUCGCGACUCAUUACUCGUAUCAUUUUCACCUACAACCUUUUUGUUACCGAUGAAUCCCUUAGUCAAAGUCAAAAAUUUACCCUAGAAACAAUUUUAUAUUCCUCUAACUUGCCCUUUUUUAAAUUCAAUUCAAUAACUCCAAUCCAAAAAAAAAUUCUUCAAGAUAAUAUUGAUUACUCGCCCUUCCUAAACACUGAAAACCUUGCAUUAUUAGCCAUAAUAUCUCCCAUGAUUCUCCCCGAGGAAAGGAUGGAUGGAUGGUUGCGAGAAGUUACCAAUAUUAAACUUGACAGAAACCUUAGAUAUCGUUUAUUACGCCUGUUUCCAUUAAUGUUAUCCACCUUUAGAGAAAAAUUACUUUUAAAAGUUUUGCAUAGUUGGAAGGAAUAUAAGGUGUCCCUAAUCGACGUUUCCACCAAUUUUAAUAUUUUCCGCCAUUUGACUAAAUAUCCAUGUUCCCUUGCCGCCUCUCACUCCAAACCUCUUUUUAUUGAUUAUCGGAGUGCGUUUGGUUUUAAUUGUUUAAUUUGCGAUUCUAAGCUUGAAUUGAGUUCAGCAUAUUCAUUAAUGGAUACUGACUCCUACUAUAGUUGUUACACGGAAUUUACCACUAAAUAUCUAGACAUUUUAUUAUUCGAAUCAGCCAAAAGUAAUCGAAAGAAUAUUUUAUCUUACCUUGAUCCAAUUUUGCAUCAUCACAUCUCCUAUAUUUACGACUCGACCGAUGGACAUGUUUUAGAUCGGCUAAUGCUAUCGAUGCCAGCCAUUUUAAAGUUUUUGUCAUUCCUUGAACCAUCAAAGCUCGAAACAAUUAUCAAAAGAUUAAGCUUAUCUGUCGAAAAAGCUUAUCUAUUCUGCAAAGUUGAACGAAACCUUAAACGACUUCUAUUUGCAAUUGAUCUUAUGGGAAAAUUCCUGAUAAAUUAUAUUUCAUUCAUCAAAAAAUCGGUUGGUGAUUUUAAUUGCACCUUAUCUUAUCGAGUAUUAGAAACUCACAUAACUAAUUUAUUCGAAUCAAGUCUUUUUUUAACUCCAUUAGUGUCUGCCAAAGCGGUUUAUCAUCUGUUAGCCAUCGCCAAGAGGUCUGGAAAAUCUUUGAUUCAAUUGUACGAGACAUAUUCGGCAUCGGUGUCUAAUCUCAUAGUUAACGCGAUCCAUGAGCAAUCACUCCUGGAACGCAAUCCCGAAGAAGUCCUUUUUAAAUUUUCUAAACUGCUAGGCUUCACGAAUUUUUCGAAAUUUUUUGAUCUAUCUUUGAAGUGGCUUCUUCCUGAAGCCAUUAGAAUGUGCCUCUUGCACAAAAACGAAUCAUACGAGAACGGAGAAAGUUUGGAAAUCGUAAAAAUUGACUCAUGUUCAGCUCUUAUUAGUGCAGCUGGACUUGAUAAAUUGCGCGUCAUCGUGGACAAUAUGAAACACAUUUAUCCUUACUUCGCUCUACAUCACCCGACUCUCAUGCAAUCUUUGGCUCUCUACGUGCAUUCCGUGACAAAAGUUGAGUUCGGGAGACUCAUCAUUCAGGAUGCUCAGAACAUCUGCAAUCAUUUAGUAUCCCGGAUCCCCGGUUGCCACGAACGUCGGACCCUCGAGAGUCUUUAUCUGCUUUCCAAGUACGAGGAUAAGUAUAAAUCGGACGAAACGGGUUCUAUGAAUAUCGAGAUUAUAUUGGAAGGAGAUAACGUAUUAUUGGAAGAAGUGGUUAGAAACUCUCUAAAUCCCAGGAUUCUUGGAAUUCUUUAUUACUUUGAUGCGCGGUUCAGGAAAUACAUGAAUCUUUAUGCGAUGACAGAAGAUGAAGAGGAAAAAUCAAACGACCUAACUGGCAGUUUUGUAUCCUUGAUCAAGUUCUUGGGACCAGCCGCUAUUUUGAAAUACAAGAUUAAAAUUUUAGCUACUCUCAAAAUAGGAAUCAAUAACAUUGGAAAGUAUAGGGAAUCAACGCGAACAACUAAUUUUGGUUUGCUAAUUCAAGCCUACACGACCGUGAUAGAUUAUCUCGAACCUUCUAUCUUAAGGGAAGUAGCGAGUCAAAUUUUGAUAACGUUUGAUUCGGAGUUCAUUAAAAGCUUGGCGUUGAGUGAGAACUAUCAAAAUGGAAUUAUUUUGAUUUAUAACCAUCUCUUUAAAAAACUUGAACACCAAUCUUCCGAUAUGACCUUAACAAAAGAAUAUAUUUUAUUAUCCGAAAAUAAUAUUUUGAUAGAACGUUUAUUUAUACCUCACAUUUGUUUAGAGCGAACAUACCCUGAUUUCGAUUCUUAUUCCUUUAUUCAACUACCAUGUGUAAGGUGUCUACAAACUAAAAUGGAUUGCCCAUCAUUUGAUUCUAGUAAAUUUAAUAUUCGUCAUCUUAUAUCUACCAUACGCCAGGGUCUAUCAUGCUCAGAAAAUCAGGCCGGCGCUCUAAUUAGCUAUAUAAAAGCUUUAAAGCGUUUACUGUUCAAUAAUUUUGCCACUAUACAGUUAUACGUGUAUCAUGCUCAAAAAUUAACUCCACUGGACUCACUUGACGAAACUAUUUACGAACUGAUUAUAUGCCUUUUAACCGCCUUAACCAACUUCCGUAAUCACAAUCGAAUCGCUAAACAUACUAAUAUAUGCACCAAAAGGAAAACGUACACGGAAUUGCCCGAGGACAUGUCUGAAUGCUUGAAUUUGUUCUCUCACUGCGUGGGAUUAAUAGGAGCAUUAGACCCGGGACGUCUAUUACAUUAUAUCCAUCAUCAGACCGAUAAGCAACUCAUAAAGAUGCCAUCAUCCCUAGCUGGAAUUUAUUACAAUCUGGACAGUGACGAAUUUACAUUUACCUUACUAGCCAUGCUGGACAAAAUAUUCAACGCGGCUUCGGACGCUGGCAUGCAGGAUUGUGCGGCUUUCGUUAUGCAAGAAAUUUUGGCUCUUUUCAAUGAAAUUCCUAUGACUACUGAUGUCAAUCAAAAAAACUUCUUUUGGAGCAAAAUACCUGCUGAGCUCAAGCCAACCUUGACGCCACUCCUUAGUUCUCAUUAUAGGAUGACUAACACCAUAACCUACGAUCAAUUUCCUCCUUCCACUCCCCUUUUUGUCUCCUAUUACAACUCUCCAACAGAUAUACGCUGCCGUUCCAAAUGGCUCGAUUUUGAUCGUUGGCUCAUCGAUUGGUGUGGAUGUGCUAUCAACCUUUUAACUACGACUAACCUAGCUAGACGCGAAUCUGACGGUAUUAAUACCGAACGCAGACUCUAUAAAAUUUUUAAGGUUUGUAGUUACGCCUUCAAGUACGACGCUGGUUUAGCUAGGUUCGUAAUUCCCUUCGUCUGUUUGAACCUCAUACUUUCCAGCGAUGAGUCCACCACAUGCUACUUUGUCAUAAUUGAACUGGAGGCCAUCAUUAACUGCCUCUUCCACAUUAAGCAAGCUUAUAAAAAAAUUGAGCAAAGUGACGAUUCCUAUAAUAAUAACAAUUUCGAGUCUAGCAAUAAAGGAAUCACCACGGAUCGCAUACAACACGAUCAACGGCUCGAUAUGAUCAGGAAAUGCUUGUUCACCGUUUUUGACAUUCUAGACUACAUUUCCAAAUGGAGACGCAGGCACUUGGCCAUCAUACUGAGCCAUUCUCGCCUCACCAGUCCUCUGAUUUCUUCUCGGUUUGGUCCAAAUUCGCCUAAGGUUUGCCCAAAAAUCAAGGAAGCAGACCCCCAGUUCUCAGCAUUAGAGCGUUUUCACAUACGCUUGCCCUACGAGGGAAUGGCCAAGGCCGCUUACUCUAUCCAAGAUUAUCACCGAGCCCUCAUAUAUCACGAAAUCGAUUGGCGAACUCGCGCAUCACCGAAAUGCUUUGACGCCGACUUACUUAUCAAACUUUACGGUGCCUUAAAUGAGCCCGAUGGUAUAGGCGGCGUAAACGCUCACAAUAGCGUUGGAUCGGGGAACAAAAGAUCGACCAAGCAACAGAUUAUGUAUUUUCAGUCCCAGGGCCAUUAUCAAGAGUGCGCGGCUUGUUACGAGCUGGCAAUUACCUCGGAACCCCUAAAUAUCUCAAAUUACUUGGGCAAAAUAGAAUCGUUGCUGUGCCUCGAACAAGCCGAAACCGCCUUUAAUUACUCCCGCGGAGUCUUAUUUAGUAACAAGACUUGGGCUAACGAAAUAUUGCCCUAUCAGGUUGAGUGUUUGAGGAGGCUAAAUCGAUGGGACGAACUUGACGCAUUGAUCAAACCUGACGCAUCUUCUAAACCUUUCAAUCCACCCUAUCACGAUAUAGACAAAAGCGAUAAUUGGUUUUAUUUUUUAGGACACGCUUUAUCCAUAAUCCGCAACGAUUCAGGAUCCUCCCAGUUUUUUGCUAUCCUUAAGCGCAUGACUCUACAUCAAUCCAAUUCGCUCCGGUAUGCGCCUCACUUUGUAACCGGAGCGCCUUUCGUUUUUGCCGAUUAUUAUCGAGGAAACUACCAAACCCUGUUGAAAUUUCAUUUGAUAAGUGAUUUAGAACAGGCCGCGCAUAUAUUGAGGGGCUAUUCAAACGCAUCACGCACCAUCAAACCUUGCCAAUUAGCUAUUAUUUCCACAGAAGACCCCAAACCCGAUCUAAACCGCUUGUUUUCUCUCAGCGAACGUCGACUUAAAAACGUUCAACACAGUUUUACUUGUAUGGAACCAUUGCUAAGCUUGCACAGAACGCUGGCCGAUGUGGCUCGUCAUAUAUUACCUUCGAAGUUUGAAGCCGAGCUUCAACUCCAUAGAGGGCGGCUUUACCUAGAAAGCGCUAAAUUGGCUAGGAAAUGCGGUUACCUACAAACAGCACAACACUUUUUGCUCCAUACGAAGGAUUUUAAUCUGCCCCAAUACCAAAUCGAAAGAGCCAAAUGGCUAGCGCGUAAAGGCUUGAGACAACAGGCCAUUCAAGCUUUGAGAGAUUGUCUCGAUACUCAUUUUCCUCAACAAGACGAUCAGGGCGACUUUCCAACGCUUUCUUAUCAGAGGCGUCGGGAAUUGUGCAAAACGCUAACGUUACUUGGAAAUUAUACGGAAGAGGCCUGUCACCUGGACAGCCCCGCCAUCUUAGCUUAUUACGAAAGAUCGAUAAAGGUUGAGCCCACUCUUGAACAUGGGUACUUUCACUCCGCUCGCCAUUAUGACAAGCUUUAUCAGCGAUCGAUCCCAUGCUCCAGCAUUAGGGCGGAGGCGGCUAGGAGGGCCGUCGAAUUUUAUUCGCGCGCGUUGAAGAGAGGCACUAAAUAUUGUCAUCAAGCUCUGCCACGUUUGCUCAGCGUUUGGCUCGAUUACGGGGCCGAGACUUUUGCUAACAUUAAAAAUAACUCUAAAAACGACAUGACAUUGAAAAUAUUGUCAAAUAACUUGGACCUCAUUAACGAUUGCGUGACCGACCUCAUAGACGAUGGUAUGUCGUCUAGCAUUUUCCUAACCGCGUAUCCUCAACUCAUUUCUCGUAUAUGUCACCCCCACGUCCAAGUUUGGGAAGUCUUGAAGCAUUGUCUUGUCACCGUGUUAAGGAAUAAUAAGGAAAAGGUUUUUUGGAUGACGGUGGCCGUGUCUAAAUCAUCUCACCAAAUUAGGGCUGAACGAUGCAAACAAAUAUACCUGGAAGCCAUUAGAAUCGAUCAUGGCUCGAAAGUUUCGAACGACAAAUCCAAUUCCGAUUUGGCAAAAUAUUUAUCCGAUGCCACUAAAUUGGCGGAUAAACUUCUCGAGAUCGCGAAUAGAGAAGUUGAACAACCCGGGUUUACCACUCUUCAGAUGUCCGUUCAUUUUAGAAACUUCAAAAAAUUACUGGAAGACCCCAAUUUGAGCCACAUAAUAAUUCCUUUGUUAUCCGAGAUGUCAAUAAAUCCCAAUUGUUAUUCCAUUAAUUCCGACGCUUCUUCUGAAUCGAUGCCCACGAAUGGAGAUAACAAUGAGACUCCACCUUCUAAAAAGGCUAAAUUCUAUGAUAAAUUUUCCGAUUUAUCUAAUUUAAACAUGAAUUCCCUUGAUAAUAUAGAAAAUUAUAGAGAGAAAAUAUAUAUAGUUGGGAUAGAAGAUGAUAUUGAAGUCCUGCCAUCACUUCAAAGACCCAAAAAGAUUUCUUUCCGAACUAGUAAUGGAAAAUCUUACCCCAUGCUUUGCAAGCCUAAAGACGAUCUAAGGAAGGAUUCUAGGCUAAUGGAAUUCAAUGCUUUAGUCAAUGAUUGCCUUCUAAGGAAUCACGAAUCUAGGAAGAGGAAUCUCAAAAUUAAAACAUAUUCUGUUACUCCUUUAAACGAAGAAUGCGGCCUAAUAGAAUGGGUGCCCAACAUGCAGCCUUAUAGGAUCAUUUUACAAGAGCUCUAUCGAGAGAACGGAAAGGUGAUGAGUAGCAAAGAGAUGAUCGAACACCGCCUGCCUGCUAAUUCACCCUUGGAAAAAAAAUUAAAUGUUUACAAGAAAAAACUCUUACCGUUUUUCUCCCCUCCCAUCUUCCACGAAUGGUUUACUCGUUCGUUUUCGGAUCCUACUUCAUGGUACCUGGCCAAAUUGUCGUAUUCUCGAACAUUAGCAGUCAUGAGCAUGGUAGGUUAUAUAUUAGGACUGGGCGACAGACAUGGCGAAAAUAUACUCAUCGAUAAGAUUUCAGGCGAAGUUCUUCACGUCGAUUUUAAUUGUCUAUUCAAUAAAGGCCUUACCUUUGAAUACCCCGAAAAAGUAGAGUUCAGAUUAACCCACAACAUGGUCGAUGCCAUGGGACCACUCGGAUACGAAGGUAUAUUUAGGCAAGCUUGCGAAGUUACUCUCAUGGUAAUGAGAAACCAAAAGGAUUUACUCAUGAGCGUUUUAAAGCCUUUCAUUCACGACCCGCUCCUCGAAUGGAGUGGUUGUAACAACAGUUUUAAAUCGGAACGUGUUCCGUCCCGCAAUCGUUUACAUUUGCAACCGAGUCAAGUCGCGUGCGAUAAAAGUUUAAUUAAGCAACGACACGAUAUCGAGACUUACAAUAUUCAGGCUCGAAUUCAUGUCAAUAACAUAGAGCUAAGGCUGACAGGUCACGUGGAUUACCGGAAUAAUCAAAACGAUUCGAAUAAACCCGAAAAUAAUGGUAAACGAAAUAAACACUUGAAUGGUAAUUUGGGAAUUGACUCAAAUGGCAACAAAGAAGAUUGCAAUUCUAGUUCUACUAUCUUAGUAACGGAGUCAGUAGGCCUGCCAUUGUCUAUCGCUGGACAGGUAGACUACUUGAUAAGACAAACAACCGACGAAAACUUACUUUGCCAAAUGUAUAUAGGAUGGGCGCCAUUUUUUUAAUGUUCACGUGCGAGUAAUUGGGGAAUAACUCAUAACUUAGAAAGGAAAUUUGGAUGGAUCAACACGGUGCUGCCUUAAUUUUAACAACAAUCGCUCAAUUUUUUUUAUAGUAAAUUAUAGCUCACUUUUAUA